AUGUUUGGUUAUUUUGACUUAGAGGAGGAAAUCAAGCAGCUUGGGUAUACUUCUUGGAGGUGUUUAGCUUUCAAGGUUCCUAGAACUUUAGUGUUUAUGGAUUUGUGUGAUGAUAAGCAGGUAAUGCAAAUGAUACAAUGUUGUACAUCUACAAUUACAUGUGUGAGUAUCUAUGUGGAUGAUGGGAAAAAGGGAAAGGUCAAGAAGGCUGUCACUGAAUCUGAAACUGUUACUAAGACAGUUACGAAGACUAUAACAACCACUAAGAGUAGUAGUAAUAAGGGGAAGGGGAAGGUAAAUCAGUCCAAAGGGAAAGAGAAGGUGUUUGAUAGGGAAGAGCCUGCUAGUGUAGUGAAAGAGCAGAAUGUGCAGAUUGAGUUAAGUAAGGGCAAGGAUACUGACAGAGUGGUGAAGGAGCAGAAUGUGCAUAUUGAGCCAAGGACUGAGCAUGAUGUGCUGAUGGAGGAGCUGCAUGAAACAGAUGAAGAUGAUGAUGAUUAUGUUCCUCAAUUUAGUGAGACAGAGGACGUAGAGUCAGAUGAUUCUUUAGGUGAUAAAGAGCUAGGGUCAGAAGAUGAAGAGUAUAUGCAAGCAAGAAGCAAUGUCAGGGAAAGUAUUGGUGUCAUUGCUGAAAUAAGUUUAGAGAAAGAGAAUGAAGAAGAAAGAUUGUCUGAAUAUGAUGAUUCUGACAAAGAGAGGUCUGAUAGCAGUGACUCAGAUGGUCAAGUUGUUAGAAGCAAACAACCUAAAGCUGUGUAUGAUCCAAGGGGAGAUAUUGCAGAUUUGAAGCUUGUUCUAGGCAUGCGGUUUGAGGAUGGUUUUCAGUGCAAGAAAGCACUGGUAUCAUGGAGCAUAGUUAAAGGUCAUCCAAUUCACUUUAGAAGGGUAACCAAGGAUCAGUGUGAGGCUUAUUGUGAGGAGCCUUGUCAGUGGAGAAUCUAUGCCAGUAUAAAGAAAAAUGAGAAGUCUUUGGUGGUGAAGAUCUUGGGUAAGGAUCACACAUGUGCAUUUGCAAUUGGUAAUAAGCAAGCAAGUUAUAAGUGGCUUGGGGAAGAGUACACUGAGGUCUUCAGAGUUAGACCUCAGAUGUGUGUUGAGGAUUUUAGGAAUGAUGUUAAGAGGAGGUUUAACAUAGUUGUUCCAAAUGGACGGUUGUACAGGGCCAAAGCACAUGCCUUACAGUUGCUUAGAGGCACUGUGCAGGGCCAUUACCAUAAAUUAAGGAGUUAUGUUGCGGAGUUGAUGAGAGUGGACAGAGAGGGCAGAUUUGAGCUCCUGUGUGGGGAUGGUACCAUAUUUCAGGGACUGUACAUUGGGUUUUCAGCGUUGAAGAAGGGAUUUUUAUAGGGAUGUAGGCCAAUUAUUGGUCUAGAUGGCUGCUUCUUGAAAACACAUUUAGGAGGUCAACUUUUGUGUGCCAUAGGGAAGGAUAGCAAUAAUCAGAUGUACCCCAUUGCAUGGGCCGUAGUAGAAGUGGAGAAUGAAGCUUGUUGGCGAUGGUUUUUAAGCUUGUUGUUGGAAGAGCUUGGCAUCAGGGAUGGCAAUGGAUUUACUUUGAUUUCUGAUCAACAAAAGGGCCUAACUAAUGAUGUAGUUGAGUUGGCUCCCCAUGCCGAGCACAGAAAUUGUGCUCGACAUGUCUAUAUGAAUUGGAAGAAACAAUUCAAGGGAGUUUCAUUGAAGAACUUAUUUUGGCAAGCUGUGAGGGCUACAUAUUCUGAGGAGUGGGAGGCAGCAAUGGAGGAACUUAAGUGUGAAAAUGAGCAAGCAUAUGAGGAUCUUAUUGAGAGAGAUCCAACCAGGUUUUGCAAAGCCUUUAUUUCAACUUGUUGUGUUAGUGAUAUGGUAGAUAACAAUGUAUCAGAAACUUUUAAUGGGUAUAUUCUGAGUGCUAGGGGGAAACACAUCAUCGACAUGCUAGAAGAAAUCAGAAGUGGUCUAAAAGAGAGGCAAUAUAAGAAAUUACAACAUGUGAACACUGUCACUGACAUAGUAACACCAGCUGUUAGGAAAAAACUAGAGAAACUGAAAUCACAAGCUAGGUACUGUACUGCUCACCCUGGUCUAGGAGGGAAAUUUGAGGUCUCAAUGAAAGGGGAUAGGUUUAUUGUGUCUCUGCAUGAGAGGACAUGUAGUUGUAGGGCAUGGGAGCUCACUGGGAUACCUUGUAUCCAUGCUGUGAGUGCUAUCCAUUUUUUGAGGGAUGAUCCAGCCACAU